AUAAUAAAAUAAAAAAAAAAUAGGAAUAAAUUUGAGGAAUAGAGAAUGGGAGGGAAGGACCUUAUCCACUGCGGGAAGAAGAGUGUUUGCCUAGGGAUUGAUUUGAGUCGGAAGGACCCCGCUUAACAGCAUCACCCUUCACUUCUAGAUGUCUGCCACGUGUUAUGAUGGCCGACAGUUUAAACAUCACCUUCCAUUCAGGUAAUUUUUAACGUACGUACUUCCUUUUUUUCCCCCUCAAAUGGUAAUUACACUCAGACCCAUGCAUGCAAUACAUUUUUCUCUUCUUCUUUUUUUUUAUCAUGCACCAAAACGACGUCGGUUAUGCGACUAAUGCAAUUUCAUUUCAUCCCCUACUACUCGAUUUCAUUCUUCAGCAUCUUUGGCACGUGCCUCCUUUGUUUUUUUACCCGUCACUACAUUAAUCCAAAGUCAAACACACGGCAUUUUCUUUGAAUCCCAACGGACCUUAAAACAACUUACUUCAUCCCCAUUCUUUCCAUUUAAUUAAUCUCUCAUUUUUCCCACUUUUUUACCUUCUUUUUUCCCCCUUCCUUUUUCCUGUGGGUAUAUACAUUUUGAUUUAUCUCUAUCCAUUUUAGCUGUCUUCCUGUCUCCUUUGGAUGCAAAUUAAAAAAUUAAAAAAAAGGGGAAAAAAAAAAAGGAAAGAAAAAAAGUUAUCUCUAUCUUUCUCUCUCAUCUUACAUAGCCAUAACUCCUUCACACUUCACUCUCGGCCACUCUCUCAUUUUCCUCUCUCUCACUUUUUUCUCCUUCUCAAUCGCUACUUUCCUCACUAUUUCCCAUUCACAAACCCUCAAUUUUUGCCCACACACAUUAACUCUAAUGGAAGGACCCGAAUAUUUCCAGCCCGGUUUUUGCUCUCAAUUCCCUACCGAAAACCGCCAGUCCUCAGACGCAAAUAAAACCACCGUCGUCCCAUCCUCCGCCGCUGCUGCUACUGCCGACCAUUUCAUCGUCGAGGAUCUUUUAGACUUCUCUAAUGACGACGACGUUGUCUUCACCGACGGAACUUUCGACAACCAAACCCCUACCUCUACCGAUUCCUCCACUCUUACUUUACUCGAUUCAUGCAAUUCCUACCCCAAUUUCGAACAACACAACAAUGGCCACAACUAUAAUUUCGCAGACGCCAAUUUCUCCACCGACCUCGGUGUGCCGUACGAUGACUUGGCUGAGCUCGAAUGGCUUUCCAAUUUCGUGGAAGAUUCUUUCUCAGCUGACGACUUGGAGAAGCUGAGUUUGAUAUCCGGGAUGAAUUCCCGGACCGACCAUGAGGAUGACGCCUCAAAAACUCGAGAAUUCCAGACCGGAUUGAACCGGAACCACUCACCCGGACUCUCCGUACCGGCUAAAGCCGCUCGUAGCAAGCGGUCUCGGGCGGCGCCCUGCAUAUGGAACUCCAGAUUAUCCGUACUCUCCCCCACAAAUUCCUCCUCAGAAACCGACGUUGUCGUCACGCUCACGCCACAUCCAAACACCGCUAAGAAAACCGCCAAGAAGAAAGAAACCCCGGAUGACACGUCGUCCGCCGGCAAUGGGGAAGGCCGUAAAUGCCUCCAUUGCGCCACCGACAAAACGCCGCAGUGGCGAACGGGCCCAAUGGGCCCAAAGACGUUGUGUAAUGCUUGUGGGGUUCGGUACAAGUCUGGCCGCCUGGUACCGGAAUACCGACCAGCGGCGAGCCCCACGUUCGUACUGACGAAACACUCGAAUUCUCACCGGAAAGUUAUGGAACUCCGGCGGCAAAAAGAGAUGAUGAGAGCACAGCAACAACAACAGUAUCUUCAUCAUGAGAGUAUGGGGUUUGAUCAUGUAUCCAACGACGACGAUUAUUUGAUCCAUCAACACAUAGGGCCCCUCUACCAAUAGCUCCCUCCAUCAAAAAUCCAACGCCAUCCGUUGAUUUCCUUCAAGUUUCCUGACAAUUAGAGAAAAAAAGAGAGAAAAUGUUUUUGAAUUUAGUGGGCUAAUUAUAUUUCAAAAUCUGAUUUAGAGUCACUUUACUUGAGUUAAUUUUUAGAUUCAAUUUCUAACAAUCAACUUAAAUUUUGAAUUUAGCAUACUGAUAAUCACUUUUCUUAAA